AUGCUAGGCCCACGAUUGGCCACGCGCCUCUAUGGCCGCGGCAUCACCACCAUCCGACUCUCUCCGCGCCAUUUCUCCCUGAGCAAUGCUCAUCAGUAUUCCACCGGAACAGAUGCAACUAGCUCACCUGCGACCACCACCGGCGCUGCGACCCCAUCCCCAAAAGAGAGUGUCGUCCUGAGCAAAUUCAUGCCCGCCGUGAACACGGAGAGAAACGCCAAGGAUACCGUCAUCCUGCGCACAUAUAAGCCUCGAACCCCUGGUCUCCGACAUCUCAAACGUCCCAUCAACGACCACCUCUGGAAGGGUCGACCCUUCCUACCCCUGACGAUUCCCAAGAAGGGUCACGGAAAGGGAGGAAGAAACUCGAGCGGCAAGAUUACCGUAAGGCACAGGGGAGGUGGUGCCAAGCGGAGGAUUCGUACCGUCGAUUUCGAUAGAUUUCGCCCCGGUCCGCACAUUGUCGACCGUAUCGAGUACGACCCGGGCCGAAGCGCCCAUAUCGCCCUUAUUACCGAGCAGGCUACGGGGAGGAAGACGUAUAUUGUUGCUGCCGACGGCAUGCGCGCGGGAGAUGUCGUCCAGAGUUACCGCUCGGGCAUUCCCCAGGACCUUCUCGACAGCAUGGGUGGCAUCAUUGAUCCUGGUAUCUUGGCGGCGAAAACUGCUUUCCGCGGAAACUGCCUUCCCGUCCAUCUCAUUCCCGUGGGAACCGUGGUAUACAAUCUCGGAUCUAGGUCCAAGGGCCCCGCUGUCUUCUGCCGAAGCGCCGGAACCCACGCCACUAUAAUAUCCAAGGAGGAAGAGACGAGGGAGGAUGGUACCAAAGUCAUGACGGGCCAGUACGUCAAUGUGCAGCUCCAGAGCGGCGAGAUCAGGAGGGUGCAUAAAGAUGCCUGCGCCACGAUUGGCGUGGCCAGCAACCCCCACCACCAAUACCGGCAGCUCGGCAAGGCUGGGAGGAGCCGCUGGCUUAACAUUCGACCAACCGUCCGUGGUGUUGCCAUGAACAGAGUUGAUCAUCCCCACGGUGGUGGCCGUGGUAAAUCGAAGAGUAACCGUCACCCUACAAGUCCCUGGGGUACUCCGGCCAAGGGAGGUUACAAGACCCGUCGCAAGCACAAUCACAACAAGUGGGUUGUCGUUCCUCGCGUCCGCAACGUCGAGAAGAGGCAGGAGAAGAAUGCCAAGAAGUCGUAG